AGUAGUGAAUGCAAUGCCAGUGCUAUCGAUGCGCCGUUCAAUGCAUUUUCAGUUCAAUGUGUUUGCAAUGCAUUGAUGUUGUGUUGUGUUGUGUUGUGUUAGCCCACAGUUGUGUAUGUAUUGAAUGAACACAGCUUUGUCUGUAAAGUGAGAGCACUGUUAGCACUGUUUGUUGUGUUUGAAAGCAGUCAACGAUUAGGACAAAGAAAGUUGAUUACAAAGUAUUGAUAACUUGUAAGUGAUGGCCAUCGUGUCCAACACAUCCACCGAUAUGUUCGACAUAUAUACCACAUCCGACAAUAUUCAGCAAUGAAUGACAGUAAUCGCCAGUCACUGCCAGUGACCAGUUAUCCGAGUGGUCCACCCAUACACUCAUACGGCAGCAAUACAACUGGUGAUCAUUGGAUGACAACAGCUCCCAGUGCUGGCCAGCCGUUGCCCAGUUAUAAUGAGAUAGGACAGGGCUAUCACACGGCAAUCGGAUCAUCAGUUAGCCCGGGGGUCAAUGGAGGACCUAAUUUGAUGCAUCACUCAUACAUACAGCAGCCGUACCUCAACACCAAAUAUGGGUCAACGCCUGACUACAGCCACAGUCACUUCAAUGCAAACUUUUAUGCAAACAAUUUUGUCCAUAAAGUAGACCUCAACUCUAAACCAAUUAAUGAUAACUCUGACCAUCAACUCGAAGGUGAGUCUAAUACUGCAGAAGGAUUAACGGCUAGACUUCUCGACAAGAAUUCAGACAACGGUCCCAUCUCUUCACAUUCGCCUUCAUCUCAAGACAGUGGCUCUAAUAGUGUUGGUUACCGGCCGUGGGAACAACCGGGUGCCGAUGGACAUCACUUAGCCGCAGACCAAAUCAAUGCUCAAACAUUGCCCAAUCAUCCGAAUCGUCCAUCAAGUGCUCAAUCAGAUAAGGGACAGUUGGCAUCACAUCAAUCUCAACGCACAACACCCGAUACGGCCAGACGUACGGGUAGAUCUCCUUCUGCUCAACAGUUCGGUGAUAAUCAUCCAAUUGAUAGGUUGACAAACACUACAACUCAAAAGUAUCAGACAUUGACUCCAGUUCCUCCAAUUCCUCCCAUUUCUGCCCCAUAUAGCCAUAAUAAUAUGUAUGGCCAACCACCACCUGUAUUAUACCAGAACCCAAUGGGAACACCAUAUAUUCAAUCUCCAUAUCCGAGUAGAUACCCGGCACCAGAUGGCAAAAUCAAGAUGGGUAUCGCAGAACCCGAUUCAUCGACACCUGAUGUGAGGAUUGCUACCAUUGAAAACUCAUUUCAAGUGCCUUCUAUUUCAUCGACUACUUCAAGACCACCGAUUGGAGGAAUACCUCAGCCGUCGGCGACACCACCACAUCCUCAAACUGCUCAACAGGUUGUGUCGGUACCGCACGCGCCACAAACUGUCAACGAACACUGGGAAGCGGCUAAUCAGGUAUCGGUGCCUCAAAAUAUGGGCGCACAGAAUGGCGGACAAGAAACUGAAAAAGUGACAAAAAAGAAGAGGAAACGUUGUGGAGAGUGUCCCGGAUGUCUCAAAAAGGAUAAUUGCGGUGAUUGUGGUCCGUGUAAGAGUGUCCGCAGUCAUCAAAUCUGCAAAAUGCGAAAAUGUGAUCAAUUGAAGACCAAAAAGGAAAAAGUAAGAGAAGCGGCACAAUUGGCAGCACAACAAUCAAGUGGUAUAUCACUGAAUAAAGAGAUGACAUCACUGGAUAACCCGUCACGUAAUAUGAACGGAUCAGCUCUUGCAACUCAGUUUACAAAUCUCGGUCCGACCGACACGCAUAACACUGCAGUGGGAUCGGCUCCCCGGGCCGCUUAUGGAGAUUUUGCAUCCAAACCAAUGAUGAACAAUAAUACAUAUGACUCAAAUGCACAACCAUUUAACAACUUUCAUAUGAACUCUCAACCAAUUAACGGUCCAUUCAAUGGUCACGGACUGGUGUCAGAUGUCAACAGAGCUCAUCACAGCCCCGAAAACAAUGGCAUCAAUACUGAUGUUACUCACGUCAAUAGACAUCAAAUGAUGAAUAAUAGACUUAAAUCAUUAAUACAAAGUCGUCAAAACCAGAAAGAGAUAAAUAAUGUACAAAAUCACAAUUCUUUUGGUUCCGGUUCACUGACUGUACCCCACCCCCACCCCCACCUCACACAUCAUUUGCAGGUCAAACAUACCUCGUAGUCCAACAACAGCCUAACACUACAUUAAAUUCUCAUUAUAAUACAUCUGUGCCUCAAAAUCAAGAAUCUGGACAAACAGUACCGCAAUCUAAUUGGUCACAACAGGAACACGACAACGGAGGUUACCAUAAAAAUAUUAAUGGUAUCAAUGAUAAAAUGGUAAAUCAAACGGGAAGAAGAACACCAUAUAAUUCAAAUGAUUUGCCAAAUGGUUUCGUUAAUCACAAUAAUAAUAAUACAAAUGAUUCUCAAAGCAAUACUAUUAAACAAAUUAAGAAUAUUAAAAGUAAUAAUUUAAGUAAAAAUAAUAUUAUUAAUAAUGCAAAUAGUAAUAAUCAUGCAA